ACAACAAAGUUUACAAGUGCUUUGGAUAUACCUCUGGAGUUUGUAGAAAAGAGUGUGAAAUUGCGGGGAAAGUUACACCACGUAACUGAGAAAGGCCUGGAAGUUGAACACAUUCCCAUUAGCAUUCCUUUCAUUACAUCGGUACAGAGAAAAUGGCAAUCAAAAGGUCUUCUGUUGGUAAGACUUGCUGGAGUGGAACUGGCUCCGAGUGGCAUGGCCUGGUUACAGCAAGAGUUGCAACCCAAACAAACGAUAUGGUUCCAGCUUCUCGGAAGGGAGGACUUGGCACUCGAGUGCCUUGUUUUAGUAAAUAAGGGUCGAUUUCUCAGCGUGUGCUUAAACGAAGAGAUCUUGCGACAAGGGCUUGGCAGAACAGCACGCAUUGAAGGACUACAUCAUGAUUCCCACCUGUACUGGAAAAUUCACAAAAGACUGCUUCAAGCAGAGUUAAAGGCCUUGAAGAAAAAUAAAGGAAUAUGGAAAGAAGAAAGCUACUCUGAAAGAAUUAGAGAUCGUAUAAGCAACAAUAAAUUUGUACAGACACUGAAACAAUUUGCGAGCUGGUUAAGAAGCUCCAUUGAAAG